CAGAACAAACAAUGACGACUUGUUGAAUAAACCGCACACAAACACACCUCCACAAAGUUAAGCCUGUGUACAUAUAUUAUCCAUUAUCAGUCUAAAUUAAAAAUCUAAUUAACUGGGAGUGUUUCGUUCUCUAGAUGCUUAUUAUCCCCACCAGUGGUGAGGACAGCUAGCUUUGUGCACCUUUACUAUCCAAACCAACCCUCUUUGUUCUCCUUUCCUUUAAUCCUAAAAAAAAGGAAGAGGAACACAGACUGUAGGCUAUUGAAAUAGGACAUUUUCAGUGUCCAAUGAUUUGUUCUCUUUGUUCUACUAGAUGCUUAAUCUCUCCACCAGUGGUAAAGCCAUUGAAGCCAUUAUUUUUGCAGCAUCAGCUUUAUUCUAGGGCUCAUUUGGCCUCAUGCUCAUGCUAUGGCUACUUCUCAUGUCUCCUAAAUUGCAUCCACGUUUCCUUCUCUUGCUUCCCUCACUUGCAUGGAGAGACGCGAGGAAACGAAGCAGAGGAGAGAGGAACUAGGAAAUAUGUUUUAAGAGACGUCCUUCCCUAGAGCAUCACGUGAAGCAACAUUCGUUUGUGAUAAAGACAUCAGCUGAUCCCGGGUCGGCUUUAACAGCUGUUUAUGUCCGCACAGAUAACAGUAACAGUGUUAUCUGAGUAGCCUCCUUUACCUGAUAUACACCUGCACAUGAAGAACAACCUGCAGCCUGCUUCUAAAACACAUGUUUAAUGAUCCCAUCCAUGGUAGCAUAGAGUUACACCCACUCCUCAUCAAGAUCAUUGACACACCUCAGUUCCAGAGACUUCGAUUCAUAAAGCAGCUUGGAGGUGUCUACUUUGUUUACCCUGGAGCGUCUCACAACCGCUUUGAACACUCGAUCGGGGUGGGAUACUUAGCAGGAAAACUUGCUGAGGCUCUCAGGUCAAGGCAGCCAGAACUCAACAUCACUGACAGAGACGUCCUUUGUGUUCAGAUUGCUGGCCUCUGUCAUGACCUGGGUCAUGGACCCUUUUCCCAUCUGUAUGAUGGACUGUUCCUCCCCAAAGCACUGGAAGAAAAGGGGGAAUCAAAGAAAUGGAAGCAUGAAAAUGGCUCUUGUGACAUGCUAGACCACCUGCUGAAAGAGAAUAAUCUUGAACCAGUGAUGGAGAAGUAUGGACUGAAACCUGAAAAAGACAUAACAUUCAUCAAGGAGAUGAUUGCUGGACCUCUACAGGAAUCUAAAAGCAAGAAGUGGCCGUACAAAGAGCGCCCAGAAGAAAAGUCCUUCCUCUACGAAAUUGUGUCCAACAAAAAAAACGGCGUUGAUGUGGACAAGUUUGACUACUUGGCCAGGGACUCUUUAUACCUGGGAAUCAAGAACACCUUUGACUUUCAUCGCUUCCUGAAGUUUGCCAGAGUGUGUGAGGUUGAUGGAAGGAAAACUAUCUGCACCAGAGACAUAGAGGAGGACAAUAUGUACCACUUGUUCUACAUAAGACACCGUCUCCACAAAAGAGCCUAUCAGCACAGAGUAAACAAAGUCAUUGAACAUAUGAUUGCAGAGGCUUUUUUGAAAGCAGACGGUCACAUUGAGAUUGAAGGAUCAGGAGGGAGGAUGUUCACUCUCUCUACAGCCAUUGAGGACAUGGAGGCCUACACAAAGCUCACAGACAACGUGUUUGAGGAAAUACUGAAGUCUUCCCGUCCUGAGUUACAAGAGGCAAGAGAGAUUCUGCAAAACAUUGUCUCUCGAAAGAUCUACAAGUUUGUUGGUGAGACAAAGCCAAAGAAGACCAUCAAGGAUUGGAAAAGCCGGAUUUCUGGCUGGAAAGAAGAAUUGGCUCAACCCCUUCCUGACGAGGAAGAAAACAACCUGAAACCAGAGGACUUUGAAAUCCUGGUCAUUAACAUGGACUACGGCAUGAAAGAUGAGAACCCUGUUGAACAUAUGCAUUUCUACAGCAAGAAGGAGCCUGACGUGGCAAUGCCAAUGUCCCCUGAAAAUGCAUCCAGGAUUAGAACAGAGAUCUUUUCUGAGCAGCUGAUCAGGGUCUUCUGUAAGAAGAUUGAUGAACAGAGUGUGGAGGCUGCCAGACAGCACUUUGAACAGUGGUUAAGGAUGGAGCCAAAUCUGCUUGGACCUGAGGGUAAUUAGAGCGAUCCUCCUGAAGUUGACACCAAGGAACUUACCAAACAACAUGAAUAACACUGAAUAAUAUUCGCAUUCAGACCUAGCACUCGUGUUUUUUCUCGCUUUUAUCAUAUACAUGCUGUAUCAUUCUUUUAAAUUGAUUGUUUAAAAAUCAGUUCCAACAACA